AUGCCUCGUUGCUGGCCCUCGUUUAGCUCCCGCUCCAAAAAGGAUGCGGGGGGCCCCACCGGAAAGUCGGGGAAGCUGCCAGACGGCGGGUCCAGUGCCUCCACCCUUGACAGCGACGCCAAGGGAAAGAGCGACGAGAAGAACGACGAAAAGAAGGACACAAAGUCAAAAGACGACAAGAAGGACGAAAAGACAGACGACAAGACAGAUAAGACAGACGAGAAGAAGGAGGGCGAUGACGAGGCCAAAGACAGCGAAGAGAAAGAUAAGCCCAAGGUCGUUGUCGGGUCAGUGGGCGAGGCCAAAAACAUUUACAAGGGUGCUUCCGACGACGAUGGGAACUGGACUUGGGUCGACAAGUAUCCCGAUGAUGUCGAAGAGGCUGCCGAGAACGAGGAGACGGCCAAGUUCGCCGUCGUUGUGCGGAACCAGAAGAGUAACGACAGCCGGAAGAAGCUCGAAGCCCACAGCAUUAUCGUGCAGAGCCCACUGAUUAGGGCCGCGCUCGCCGAGAUCAUGGCCGACUAUCCCGGUGUUGCUUGCGAGUUGCUCCGCCUCGAAUUUGAGGCCCCUUUCAAGCCCUUUGUGCACCGAUGGACCGAGUUCCAAAAGUACCUUGAAAAGCCUGACCUCGACGAAAAGACCAAGGAGCACAUGAAGGUGCUUGCUGACAUUCUGCAAUACGAGAUCGGCGAUAACAUCAAGACGUUCCAAGACUACGCCAAAAACGGUGUCGUGUGCUUCAAGGACCUGUGGAUGAUCUUCCAGCCGGGCACUGUCGUCGUUUCGGCUCAUAAGGGUCCGCUCAGCGCCUUUGAGAUGGUUGAGACGGAGUACAUGCAGAACAACUGCGGCAAGUUCUUGCAAGUGCGCUGCGACUGUGUCGACUACGGCGGUAAGGAGUUCGGCCGGUACCAGGAGGGGAUCAACAUCCCCGAGUUCAUCGGCACCAAGAAGAUCACGGGCCUCAAGGUGUACCCCCUCCACUUCCACACCGACAAAGACGAGGUUGUCACCAAGCUCACCGAGCGCGGCGCGCUGUUUGAGAAGCUUGCUGGACACCACUACAAGCAGUAUGCCGGCAAGGCCAUCACGUGGGACCGCGAGGGCAAUGAGGUGGAAUGCCAGAUCACGGGCCGCAUCAUCGUCGAUAUUGACAGUUUCAACCGCUUCAGCCCCUGGCGCGUGCGCUACCUGAACGACUUCAACGCGAACGACCUCGACAAAUUUACGAAGCACAAGGAGAAGAUCGGUGUUUCGGACGACAAGUUCAUUCUACCGCCCUACUACCAAAUGCUCGCUCGCUGCAGGACACGCGGUUACUCGCUCAAGUUCAAGAAGUGGCUCGACUUCUUCGUCGAGCAGAUCACCGAAGUGGUCUGGAACAGCACAGCAUUCGACAAGCUGGUGUUGCCACCGGACCAGAAGGAGCUCAUCCUGUCGUUCUCCGAGUCGCAAAUCGCCGGUAGCAACUUCGACGACAUCAUCCAGGGCAAGGGCAAGGGCAUCAUCUGCCUCCUAUCCGGCCCGCCUGGUGUGGGGAAGACGCUGACGGCCGAGGCCGUGGCCGAGAAUCUCAAGGUGCCGCUCCACAUGCUGAGUUCGGGCGAUCUCGGCUCGGAUCCGUGGGAGGUCGAGCGGGAGCUCAACUCAAUCCUGGAGCUGGUGGCGCGGUGGAACGCCAUCCUGCUGCUAGACGAGUGUGAUGUGUUCCUGGAGGCGCGCAGCACGCACGAGCUAGAGCGCAACAAGAUCGUGUCCAUCUUCCUCCGCACGCUCGAGUACUACGAGGGCAUCAUGUUCAUGACCACCAACCGGGUCGACGACAUCGACGCCGCGUUCCAGUCCCGUAUCCACGUCAGCAUCGAGUACCCCGACCUGACGUCCGCUUCCCGCCGCACCAUUUGGGCCAACUUCCUCCGGGGUUCGACCAUCAAGAGCUCGCUCACCGACAAGGACAUCAACGAGCUUGCCGAGCUCAAGCUCAACGGCCGGCAGAUCAAGAACGUGCUCAAGACGGCGCAGCUGCUGGCGGCUCGGAAGAAGAGCGAGACCCUGGACCGCAAGUUCAUCGAGACGAUCCUGAUCAUCGAGAAGAAGCGGCCCGGGGCGCCGCAGCAGAUGAUGCAUUACCUCUGA